AUGAAGCCUACUGCAGGGCAAAAGUUGGCAGUAGAAGAUGAUGUCAAGUUGGUACUUCCUGAGUUAGGCAAACAGGCUGGUGGUGCUAUCAAUCAGGAAGAAUUGAAAGGUGCAGUUGUCCUCAUUUUUGCAAACAAGCAAGAUCUCCCUGGUGCACUUUAUGGUGCUGCUGUGACCGAGGCAUUGGAGUUGCACAAAAUAAAAAGCCGCCAAUGGGCCAUCUUCAAAGCUUGCGCCACUAAGGGGGAAGGCCUCUUUGAGGGCUUGGACUGGUUGAGUAAUGCUCUCAAGUCAGGAAGUGGCUAA